GGCCUCAGUACCGGCUGGAGAAGCAGAAUGAGCCAAAUGUCCCUGUUGAUUUGGACUGCACCCUGGAAAGCCAGAGCACUUUGGAAUUCUGCCUCGUCCGUGAGAAUAGUUCAAGAGGAGAGGAGAUCUCGGAAGAGGACCCACAGAUUGAUAUCGCUACUGUUCAGGACAUGCUAAGCAGCCACCAUUACAAGUCUUUCAAAGUCAGCAUGAUCCAUAGGCUGCGGUUCACCACAGAUGUUCAGUUAGGUAUCUCAGGAGAUAAAGUAGAGGUGGACCCUGUGACAAACCAGAAAACCAGUACCAAGUUCUGGAUUAAGCAGAAGCCGAUUUCCAUCGACUCAGAACUUCUUUGCACCUGUGACCUUGCAGAAGAAAAGAGCCCAAGCCAUGCAAUAUUUAAACUCACAUAUCUAAGCAAUCAUGACUACAAACAUCUCUACUUUGAGUCUGAUGCUGCUACCGUCAAUGAGAUUGUGCUGAAGGUGAACUACAUCCUCGAGUCCCGUGCCAGCACCGCUCGAGCAGACUACUUGGCUCAGAAGCAAAGGAAGCUAAGUAGGAGGACCAGCUUUAGCUUCCAGAAAGAGAAGAAGUCAGGACAGUAGCGAGGUCCAGGCUGGGCUAGAACAAAACUGGAGAAACAAAACAACAACAAAGCAAAGCAAGGAAUCUUCCUGCUCAGUUCAAAGCUGGCAAUGCCCUGAACAGCCUGGGAGAGCGGAAGCCCAGACUCAAGAGCUCUGGCAGUAGCCAGCCGGGGCAGGAAUUGUGUUUUUACAGGUCGGCAGGCCAAGCCUGCUUUUAGGCGACAGGCAUCACUCAUCGAUGGAAACUAAGAGCCAUAUCAACCCGAGAACAGACGGCCAGGCUUUCGAAGCCUCUGGCUGGGGCGACGAAGAGGCCCCUGUAGGCUUGGCGUGUUGUCUUCUUUAUUUUCUCUUUCGUAGAACUUUCUAUUGUACAAUCGCAAGGAAAGCUGUCGCGGGUUGGCAAAGCGAUCCGCCAACACACACACACACACACACACACACACACAGAGCCUCCAUCUGUAACGCCCUGACACACAAAACACCCCAUGACGU